GCCGAGAAGUUUGAGAAUGCUGUGCGUGCGCUCAUGGAGGCUCAGAAAGAGAAAGUGGCUGCAAUAGAGGCAGCGAACGAGCAGGCGAGGGAGAUCAAUCGCGAAGCCAAGGAACUGGAUGAGUCCAGGGCCAAGAAGCAGAUGCGGCACGAGUUGAUGAAAGAGAGCGCCAAAAUCACGGAUCAGUCCUGCGAGGACACCAAGAAGAAGCUAGAGAAGGAGAGUGCAGCGCUUCAGGAACUG